ACGAGAUCCCAUGUGGACCCCAGAAGGAGCGCUGGAGGCUCUGGCCCCCGGACGCCUUCCCCGUCCCUUCGCAGCCGGGGGCAGUCCGGGUCAGUGGCCGAAGUUCUCCAGGGAAACAGGCCGAUGGCAGCCGGAUCCGUCAACAUGAAUCCCGUGGUCGUGGUCCAUGGCGGCGGGGCCAGCAGUUUCUCCAAGGACCGGAAAGAGCGGGUGCGCCAGGGUGUCGUCAGAGCCGCCACCGUGGGCUACAGCAUCCUCAAGGAGGGAAAGAGCGCGGUUGACGCCGUGGAAGGAGCCGUGACCGUCCUGGAAGAUGAUCCCGAGUUCAACGCAGGUCAUGGGUCUGUCUUGAACGUAAAUGGUGAAGUUGAAAUGGAUGCUAGUAUCAUGAAUGGAAAAGACCUGUCUGCAGGAGCUGUGUCUGCAGUCCGCUGUGUUGCAAAUCCCAUUAAACUUGCACGGCUCGUUAUGGAACAGACAUCUCAUUGCUUUCUGACUGGCCAAGGGGCAGCAAAAUUUGCAGCAUCUAUGGGAGUUCCAACGGUUCCUGGACAGCAGCUGGUCACAGAGAGAAACAUGAAGCGCCUAGAAGAAGAGAAGCAUGAGAAACGUGCUCAGAAACCAGGCUGUCAGAAAAACUUGGGAACUGUGGGUGCUGUUGCCUUGGACAGUGAAGGAAACGUGGCUUACGCAACCUCCACCGGGGGCCUCGUAAACAAGAUGGUGGGCCGCGUCGGGGACUCGCCCUGCAUAGGAUCUGGAGGUUAUGCCGACAAUGACAUUGGAGCCAUUUCAACGACCGGGCAUGGGGAAAGCAUCCUGAAGGUGAAUCUGGCCAGGCUCGCUCUCUUCCACGUAGAACAAGGAAAGACAUUAGAAGAGGCUGCUGACAUGUCAUUGGGUUAUAUGAAGUCAAAGCUCAAAGGUUUAGGUGGUGUCAUCUUGGUCAGCAAAGCAGGGGACUGGACAGUAAAGUGGACCUCUGAAUGCAUGCCCUGGGCGGCCGUGAAGUGUGGCAAGCUGCACUUUGGAACCGACUGUGAUGACACCAGUGUCACUGACCUGCCCUGAAGUCCUGCCCUAGGAGGAGCAUGUGCUGGACGCUAGAUUGGAGGUAAAGUCCAGUUUCCUGGUGUGGAGGCUGAGCUUCACCAGUUAGAUCUGGACAUGGAAAAAUUCUGCAGUCUGUUGCUCAUUUUGUUGCCUUGAUCAAUAAGUAUCUGAAUGUUGGGUUGGGUUGGGUUCAGUUGAGGUCAGAAUGAUGAGAGAAAUGCCCACACUGAGGUCAAAAUAGGGUUAGUGAAGAUGACAAGCUGUACUCAGCCUUCUCGUGAACAGUCCCCACUAUUGUUCAUUAGAAAGAAGAAACGACAUGUUCGUAACACGACAGAAACAGCCGCAGAGCAGGGAGUGCCUUUUGGAUUGGGAGCCUCCCAGCAGUGACAGGAGCAGUAGGCUUGGCAGCGGUGCCGGAUCCAGAGGAGCCCAACCUCUGGGGUCUCUUGGUGGCAAACUUCUCUGCAGGACCCAGUGAGGAGCAGUGUGGGAGGGGAAGGCCCCAGUGGGGGCAUUUAAAAGUAAAAGGAGCAGCAGAGCCUAAAGGAGAGGUCCAGGUGAACUGCAGAAUGUACAGUUCAUUUUGAGUCAGAAGAACAUGGGCAAAAGAAUUCAUGAGAGAUAGAUUAAUUGGUUUUUCCAAAUAAAUUCAGAUCUUCUCUGACUUACUAAUAUAGACAUGUUUCCAGAUGCUUUAAAAGGUCCCUAAGGUAAUCUGAGCUCCCUAAUCUGGUGCUGAGAGUCACAAUAGACCUUGCGAAGCUCCUUCAAGGCCGAAAGCUUCCCCAGGCUCACGCGUGAGCCGCUCACCGAGCGUUUUUCUGCCAGCCCAUGUGGCUGGUCAGAGCCAGGCUCCACCUGUCACAGACCCGCCGGGUCCAUGUAGUGAGCGCUGGCACCCGGCCUCCCCGCCUCUCCUGGGACAGGGAGGGGCAGGGAGGGCCAGAGCGGAAAGAUGAGCUGUGACUUGAUGCGUCUGGUCCUGCCCAGCGCUGUGGGUCCCCCAGCUGCUUGUGUCUGUCUCCAGCAUGGCCAGCAUGGAGAGCUUUCCUAUCAAUCUCUCUUUAUACCAGAAAUGGUACGUCUGCUGUGA